AUGGAGAGCGUGGGCGAGUGGCUGCAGAGGGAAGGCUUUGGCGAGUACAGAGGGGUGUUUGCCACACAGCAGGUUAACGGCGCUGUGCUGCUGCGGCUGUCCCGGGAAUCCCUGGCGGAGCUGGUGCCGUCGCUGGGACCCAGAAUGGCCGUUCUGGACGCUAUAGAAAAGCUGCGAGAGUGGAAGGCAGGACCACGGCACGUGGGCGAGGGGCUAGUAUCGGGCUUGCAUGCCUUUGCGGCAAAAUUCGUGCAUGGACUGGAUCACCUGCUGGUGGGUGCAGUGCAGUGCUGUGGUAGUGGCGAACCCCGUGUGUGCUGCUGCCUCCAUGUGGUUCCUUGUCAUGCUGUGGAGGACCCUGUGGGGCUGUUAUCGCACCCCACCGCACUGCACCUAGACCCAGCGUUUGGGUCCUCCUCCUCUGUAUCCCCUUCUCAAGCUCUGUCCCGUUAUAAGCCCAGCUCGUCCCCUGGAUCAGCAACAACGAAGCUAGGCUCAGGGAUGGCUGUGGGGGACGAGAGGGGAGCGGGGGAGGAGAAGGGGGAAGGGAGCGGAAGGGGGGGAAGUCCUGGGGGAGGGGGAAGCGGAGGAGUGGGGGGAAAUGGAGGAAAUGGCUGGGGAGGAGGUGGGGAGGGUUCUGAACGGCCGGCGUUGACAGGGGGGGAGAGUGGUGGUGGCGGCGGUGGUGGUGGGGUUAAUAGUAAUAGCGGUGCUGGUGGGAUGGUAGUGACGAGUGCUCCCAUGAUGGUGAGGAGGAUAGAAGAGGCGAAGCCUGACUUUCUCAAGGAUGAGGGGGAUGGGUCGCGGCCGGCACACAUAGGGGAGGGCAUUCUGGUGGGCAUGCGGUGCUUUGGCAGCGACCUGUAUGAUGGCAUUACUGGGAUUGUGACGGAGCCAAUGAAGGCCAUGGCCAUGGCGCGAGACAAGGGAUCAGGGUCACCCGCGGUGCCAGCAGCAGCAGUCAUGCGAGGGCUGGCUAAGGGACUUGCAGGUGCAAUCUGCAAGCCUGUGGCAGGGGGCUUUGAGCUGGCACAUGCGACGGUGGAGGGGAUAAUAGCCACGCCACAGACGCUGGCAGCGGCAGCGAGGGAUGGGCCGGCUAUUCAGGACACGCCUACGUACCAGCGCCUUGCUGCCCUGCGCCUGCUGCCGGCGCAAUCGUCAGAGGCCAUAUCGCGCAUAAACCAGGCAGCACAGCACAGCAGCAUGAGCCCUGCAGCAGCAGCGCUGCAGAUGAGCGAGCUGAGCCACAGGGGGGAGAUGGGUGCGGGCACGGGUGGGGUGUGA